GGGCGGGCGGUGCCGCGGGGCGGGCCGGGGCCAGAGGCGGCUGCACGGGGCCGCCAUGUCGGGAGCGGCGCUGGGCAAAGCGGCGGCGGCGGCAGCGAGGCCGCGGAGGAAGGUGCUGAGCGCGGAGGAGGCGGAGCUGUUCGAGCUGGCGCAGGCGGCGGGCAGCGGGCUGGACCCGGAGGUGUUCAAGGUGCUGCUGGACCUGCUGCGCAUGAACGUGGCUCCGCUCGCCGUCUUCCAGGUGCUCAAGUCCAUGUGCGCCGGGCAGCGGCUGCCGGCGGCCAGCGAGAGCGGAGCCCCCGCCGCGCCGGCGCCGCUCCCCGCCGACAGCCGAGGAGCUGCCGUGGGGAAGGGGAACCAAAGCUGUAUCUGCUGUUGGCCCUGCCAUCUCUUGUUGGAAGAUGCUGCUUAUUUUUGAGAAGAGGAUGGCGUGGCUUCUGCGCAGGACAAGGCGUUUGGAGAUGGGAGAUGCCCCCUCUGCAUAGCUGGGACUUGUCUGCUGACGCAGCCAGAGCUCCUUGCGCUGAUGCAGAGAGCAGCGAUUGUUGUACACAAGCUUGCCAAGCUGCUUUGCACAGUGUUGUUCAGCUCUGCAUAUCUGCUCUUUCUCCUGUGCUUCCUCCUUUGUCAGAAGACAGACAAGUGGCUGAAGUAAUCCAGGUCUCACUAAACAUUAGCUGAGUCUGCUUUCUUCAAGUUUCAUCAGUAACAGUGAGAUAUCAGCUAAAGCUUCUCAGCUCAUUGUGAUGCAGGGAGGUUUUUUAAAGCAGUUAAAAAAAGACUUACUCUGAUAAGCAUUGCUGGGAGCAGGCGUAGGAAAGCACAUCACUUUCCUCUCCUCACCUCUGUAGUUAUUUCGGCUUUUUAUACAGCUAAAGCUCUUAAGCAGCAGGGAAUCAUAGAAAUGACUUUAUAUUGUGUUUUCCAUAGAAUAUAGCAGUGGCGUUCUGCACAGAGUUGUUUGUUGGUAACAACUCAUAACUGCCUCAGAAUUACUGUCUGACUAUUCGACCAGCCAUCUGGCAUGCUUAGCUAGAGACAGCUUCAUGUAAGCUGCAUUCCAAAGUGGUUGUCGCGAUAAUUGAUCUGGGAGAGGAAGAGCUUAUUUUAAAAGGAAGGGGUGUUCUUUGGGCAAUUUCUUCCCAUAAAUGCAAGGGAGAGUUGUGCACGCCCAUUAGGACAGUGGUGUUGGGUUUAGUUUAGACUAGGCGUUUGUAUAAUUUGCUGUUGUGCACUUAAAUAUGGCUUUAUGUAUUGGUUCCAUGCUUGCUUUUCCUGUCUGCCCACCUCACCCUCAAGCCACUGGUGAUUUGUGUGCAGUUUUCUACCCCUCUAUUACCAUACAUUUGCCAAUGCCCUGCUCUUUUUUUUUUUUUUUUCUAGACAAGUCAAUGUUCUUUGACAGUCCUCCUCUUUUCACUUCCAAUAUCUUUUCCACAUUUUCUCAUUCUCCAGCCCAAAUGCCUUGUGUGAAGUUCCUUUCCAGGGCUUUGCCCCAACUAAUUUUUUGUACCAAAUGAUUUGUUAACAUAAGCUUGCUUUUCAUUGUGCUCUUGCCUGGUGUAUGGAUUUUUGCAUGGCACCAGUGCAAUCUCCUAGUCUGCGCAGGAGAUAGAGUGCUUUCCUGAUUAACAAGUGAUUAAGAAGCUGCUCAGCUUUUUGCUUUCUUGACUGGUUAAAAAAUGUAGUUCCCAUUCUCUACCAGGGAGCUACCAAAUCUUCGCAUGACCAAAAUGCAGAUGGUAGUGAAGUGGUUAUCCUUAGUGGCAGAAACAGAACACACAGCUUUUCUUUUCUUUUCCUUGUCCUGCAAGUAACUUACAGAAAGUCUAGGCUGUUGGCUGCAACACUCUAAACCUGAUGUAGACCUAGUCUUGAAACAAUAGGUGGCUUCGUUACAUAGAGCAAAAUAUUUUUGUGGAAAUAACGUGCUCUCAAAACUGAAGUGUAAACUUUAUAUUUCUCAUUUUAUUGAAUCUUGUGGGUGGGAAAAAUCUGUUCUGGAUGCUGCAACUCAGCAUGCGGUACUGAGUAAUGAAGUUGAAUACCUAACCUGAUUCAAGUGAACAGGCAUGUUAGAGAAGAGGCUGUAAGUUCUGUGCAGGUGAUUUGGGGGCCCGUGUAGGUUGCAGAUUAUUUUGUGUUCUCUUCUUUCUACACAUUCUCAUUUGUAAGGUAAGUGUGGAACCGUGUACUUUCACAUGUAGGUGUGAAAGAGAGAAAGCGUGUGUUCAAAUAAUGAUCCACUGCUCCAUUUGCCUUAAUGCAUACCGAAGGUCUUAGAAAAUGACUUUUCUGCAUUUGAAAACUUAUUUUUCCUCUUCCUCUGUUUCAGAACUAGUUGGAUGGAUUUGUUGAAGCACCUUUUGCCAGUUGUACCUGGCUUCCUGACUGUGUCUCCUCAGGGAGGCUGCUUUAGCUGGGGUGAUGUUUUAGCCUGUGUGCCUCGUUGUGUACGAGCUGUUACAAGUACCUUGACAGCUUUGGAGGCCUUGAGAACCUGCUAGUUUGUGUGGUGAAGGACUGAGAAUGAGAGCCAUAAGUGCUUUGAAGAGUGAGGUCUAGCUGCGACUGAGAUUUUAUUUCAAAUUUCAUCACUUCCUAAUCGUGAAAAAAGUCCCAUCACUGUGCCAGCCACCAGUAGGUGGGCAAAAGUUUAGUCCUUCUGGUAACCACGUCAUGGUUGCAAGAUUCCAAUCUUACAAGCUGUUCUUUUCAUCCAGCCUUGAGUCUUUGUUCAUCUUGGAAGGCCAGCUGGCUUACUGUGCCUAAUGUAAGCCCUACUGAGAGACAGAAACAGGAUUGUGGUGAAUUUAAAUCUACUCUAGCCCAUAGUCAUUGCCCAUACACUGUAAAGGUGUUAGAGGUUGUUGCAGCCCUGACAUGCUAAUCCUCCCAGACUGCGUUACAAAUAAAGGUACUCACAGCAGCAGCUGAUGGAUUCUUCCUCUUUUUCAUGCCAGAGGGAAGAAAUUUUGCAGUUCCUGUUACUGCUCAGAAGUGGGAAAGGACCCCCUGAGGAAGGUAGAAGAUUGAGUAGAGAGUGGGCUGUAGGAGAAGAACUUUAUAUUUCCAAUUCUGAAAGUGUAUUUGGGGUUCCUUUCCUAAGUUUGUUUGGUCUUUGCUUGCCUUGUGCUAUAAUCAAAGAUAGUGUUUCUUCUCUCUGCCUCUUAAAACUGUCUCUUCCUGCCCUGCAGGCUCCUCUCUUGGUAUCUCGUAAAGGUUUGGAGUGAUGGUGGUCUCCUAGAGGCAGCUGUAGCAUUUUUUUACUGCAUUUUUGUUAGAGGUGUUUGGCAUUAAUGUGUUCAGUGAGCAGCCUAUGCACAACUUGCACUGGUGCUAGCGGUCAGAGGUAGGCCGUGCACACACAUCCAUUCGUCUCAAACUAUGUAAGGUUCUCGAGGAGGUGCAGAUGUAACCACUGCUUCUGGGGUCAUCUUUGGGCAGAGAGAAAUCCCUCUUUUGACUUGACUCUUGUAUCUGUAACUGCUUGGGCUACAGUUGUUCUGGGACAGCCAGACACCUCCAAGACCAGGGCAUCUUGUGUCAGUGAGGUAAAUAGCAGUGGAAUCCUUUUGCUAGUCCGUACUGCUUGAAUUGCAGAGGGUAAACUUCUUGUGCUUUGCACUAGUGGACCCUUAUAUUCCUGAUAGUGGAAGUUCACAAACCAUGUCUGUUGCUGCACGCUUGAUGAGCUGCUCUUGUCCAGUGCGCAGGUCUAGAGAUGAUCCUUCCAAAAAUACAGGUGACUUUUAUGGUGUGGGAAGUAACUGGUUUGUUUUAGUGUGAUGUCAAGGCUAUGAGGAUGGAGGGCAUGUUUUAUCUGAGCAUAGCUUUUCUUUACAGAGUGAAUCUUUCUACCCAAGUCAUUUCAGCUAGGUCAGAAGAUCAAGGACCUGACUCCUGGUAGCACGUAACGGUACAGUUGUCUGUAUGUGCACAUGGUUAGAGCUAUCAUACACAGGCUGGGAACCUGCACUCUCAGUUGGUAUAUGCAUGUGAGGAAGAGGAGAACACCCAUAUAGAGACGUACUGUACUGCUUAAAGCAUCAUGGUGAACUCUUAAUGCUUUGUUUGAGAUGUUAAGAGACUUUUCUCUUAAAUACUGUGAGAUCGUGUAUUGCCUUUGUGCAAUUUGUUUGUUUUCAUAGACAAUACUUGCAUUAGUAAAACUGCUGAAGUGCUUACAAGCUUGAGCUUUACAAAGAAAAUCUGCAAGGCUGGUUGGCUGGCUUGGGCUGAUGACUUGGCAGAUCACUAGCGUGGUUUACAAUAAUAGGUUAUUUUUUUUAAGAACACCUGAUUUGGCUGGGAUAAGUGAAUGCAUUUCUUUUUCUAACCUAGUUUGUCAAAUUUUACAGAUGUGAAGGGGCCACAUACUCUUACCUAGAAGUUCACAGGUUGUCCUUCCAGUACUGUGAGGCAUGAAUUUGUAGUAUUGAUGGGAGUGCUGUUUUCAGACAGUUACUCCAAGGAGAGACAGGUCAGUUUGGUAAGUAAGACAGACACAUCUCCAGUGUGUGCCCUGUUGGCAGCACAGAUCCAAGGUGAUCCAGAUGGCCAUGGAGACUCUCGUGUGAGGAGUAGCUAUUGGCAUUCUGCAAUUUGCUCUGUUGUGAUUACUAAGAUGUCGCUCUCCAUUUUAAUUGCAUGCGUGUAAUUAUAGAUACUCAGGGAAAAACAGCUCACUGGAUUUCUUGUGCUUUGUUUGCUCCUUACUGUGUUCGUGUUUAGCAGUGCUUCUUGGUGCUUGCUAUCUUUAAUAAAAACCGUGACUAUCUUGAGCCCUUCUAAAUAAUUUCUUUGUUCUUUAUUUUUUCUUUCCUAAUGCAAAUAUUACUUCUCAUCUGAAGUAAUCCUCUCUGCCAGGAAGCAUCAGU